CUCUGGGCUUAGCUCAUAUUUCUGAGUUAUUGUUAAUCUAUGCGAUUAAGUGUUUUACGGGGAUUUGAGGCAUCGGGUGACGUCAGCGAUCCCCAGCCUAUGUGCCAGCUGUAUGUGGCGCAGAUCUUCCCCUGGCACAGUAUGGGGAAUGUGCCCGCUUCGGCUGCGCAUGUGCCGCCCGGGAUGUAGGCGCCACUAGCAGGAGGUUCAGCACCGCACACAGCGGACAGCUCCGGAGCGCCGUCCUUUCUGCCUCCAUCACUGGUCCCCUGGAUGUGUCCUUCCCCAUCCCUGCAUCCUGCACUUCCUCCAGCCAUCCAUACGAGCCCCCACCCUCCUCACUCCCUCCCCUCCCCCAGUCUGUGUAUUGGUUACUAGCUUGUGCAGUCUCUCCUGGAUGUGACUGCAUCAAACCGCAGCAAAACCGUCGCGAUCACUGAGAAGAAGCAAGGAGACGGAGGAGAGCGGCAGGAGGGAGGGCUGAUCCCCCGGUGACAUGUUUGUGUCCCUGCUGUGACCGACCCGCAGAGCUGCUGUCACUGGGCGCUGUCCCUCCCCGCAGCCGCCCUGCUGUCCAGGUCUGGAGGCCUCGGCUGUUCUCUGGACUCUUCUUCCUCCCGUCCCCAGGGUGUGUCUGUGUAUGAUCCGCUUUCAGUCCGUCUCCUCUGUGGCUGAAGAUGGCGGAUCGAGCUGAGAUGUUUUCUCUCUCCACCUUCCACUCCCUCUCCCCCCCGGGCUGCAGGCCAUCGCAAGACAUCAGUUUGGAGGAAUUUGAUGAUGAAGAUUUAUCAGAAAUUACAGAUGACUGUGGCAUUGGACUCAACUAUGACUCAGACCACUGUGAUAAGGAGGGUCUUGGCUUUGGUAGAUGUGAUCCUUCCCGUGCUCUCUGCACAUUCCAGGAAGAUUUCCAGGAAUUUGAAAUGAUUGAUGAGGAAGAAGACGAGGAUGAGGAAGAGGAGGAAGAUGAGCUCCUACCUCAAGAAAACAGAAAACAAGUAGAAGCACCUCCAUCACCAAGUGCGUCUCCUUUACCACCAGAAGAUACCCUGAAAAACAGGCCGUGCACCCUAAGACUUAGUGUCCCUCGAACACAGGACACACUUAACAACAACGGUGGAUUCAUUUCUCAGAGUGACAGCUGGGAAGAUCCUGAGAGAAAUGAGACUGAACUGGUAUCCCAGACCCAGGUUACCCACGUUGACCUUGAAACUCAGAAAGAAGAUGAUAGCGAUAAUGCAGUCACAGAAUUGGAAAGUGAAGAUGUCACUGAUGUCUCAAGGAUUGUUCCAGACAGAAAUCAUGGCCUAGGAGGACCCUGGGCAGCAGAUUCAGAGUUAAGGGUAUCUACACCACCUCAACAGAACCUGGAAGAUUUGAGCCCUGAGCAAAGGGGAAGCACAAGAGGACAUCCAUCAAAUUCUUCAAAUGAAACAACAUCUCCAUCUUCAGAUCCGGGUAUUGAGGCUGACUUGACUAGUCGAAGUCGAUUCCUGCCAACAGGACACUGUAGUCAGGAUCUGAGCUCCCCUGGUUCUGAUUCCGACAUAGAAGGUGAAAUAGAAGCAGCAUUUGCUCGUGAGGGGGGUAGACUUGUUGGCAACAUGAUCUCCUCUAUAUCAGAAACAGAACUGGACUUAACCAGUGAGUCAAGCAGUGGAAGGUCUUCUCACCUCACUAACUCUAUUGAAGAGGCAAGCUCUCCAACCUCUGAUCAAGAACCAGAUCAUGUGGGAGAAGGUGGACGUCAAGGAAUCAAAGACUCCAUCCUUCUUGGCAAAGAGGAGGAAAGCGGGCCUUUAAUGGUGGAACCAGAGGAGAAAUAUAAUACAUGGAAUGAAGAGGAAGGCCUUUGUCAGGAGAAAGAAGUUCAGAAUAAAGAACGCAGUCUGGAAAGUAUACGGCGCUCAUUCUACUUACCUGUAGGGCCCAAACUUAUGCCAGAAACAGAUGCUAAUAGUGAAUAUGACUCAGACUCUGAAUCAGAAGCUGACCUAAGUGAGGAUUCAGACUCCCCUUGGCUGCUCAGUAACCUAGUUAACAAGAUGAUUUCUGAAGGAUCAUAUCCUAUUUCAUGUCCAGAUGAGUGCUUUCAAAGGCAGACAAGUCCUUCAUGUGAUACUCUUUCUCCAGCCUCUGAGCUGGAUCCCGAGACAGUUGGUCAAGAAGACCUUGAGGCUGAUGAUCUUACAAGUUCCAAAGAACCUUCACAAGAGAUUGAUACAGCACAACAGAGUAUAGAGCUGAUAGAUAUGGAAACGCUGCAGCAUUCUCUUAGUCAUCAUGAUAGAGAGGAAAAUGGCCCUGGUUUGUAUGUUCUGCAUGACUCAUGUGACACUGUAACACCAAUAUUUGAGGGACUACCUCUUCAACUGGAAGGAUUAUCUCAUACAGCUAAAUGCCGUCCCCAGUCGUCUCCAGGGCACAUGGCUAAACAGAAACCUUGGCCUGGCACAGAACAAAUUCUUCAAGAACGAAGAGAUGGCUGGGAUAUUGAUCGUGACUUAGAUUCAGGCAUUCUAGAAGAUAAUGAUCUUUGUGAUGAUCUUUGUCAAGAGAUGGACCAAAAUCAACCUACAAUGGACAUUUCAACAGCAAAAACUAAUCAUGGCUUUAAUCUAGAAUACACUGGUGAGGAAGAUGAAGAUAUUCCUUAUUACAGAAGUCUAAAGAGUUCCCCUUACCAUAACUGUGUUGGAGAAGAACCUUUUAUGGAGCGGCCUACAGCUGAAUCUCGAAUCCUAGAUGACUCCUUGGCCUAUGAUUCAAUGAAAUAUACUUUGGUUGUGGAUGAGCACACUCAGCUUGAGCUGGUCAGUCUUCAGAGAUGCACUUCAAUACUCAGUGAUGGCAGCGACCUUCUUAGAGCUUGUGAUGCUUGUGACUUGGAAGAAGAUGACUUUGGAGAUGAUGUAGAAGCUCAUGAAAAUGAAUCUUCAUCUGAAGACUCAUCACCAGAGCCCAACAUGCCUUUCUCUAAAAAAUUUCUCAAUGUUUUUGUCAAUAGUACAUCCAGAUCAUCUAGCACUGAGUCAUUUGGGCUAUUUUCUUGUGUACUCAAUGGAGAAGAACGUGAACAAACACACAGAGCGGUUUUCAGGUUUAUUCCACGUCAUGAAGAUGAGCUUGAACUGGAUGUUGAUGACCCGUUACUGGUGGAAUGUGAAGAUGGUUCAUGGUGCCGCGGUUAUAACAUGAGGACGGGAGAGCGAGGGAUCUUCCCUUCAUUUUAUGCCCAUGAAGUUGUGUGCCCAGUGAAGGAGAAUGUUGUGAUCAAAGGAAAUUCUCCUUGGGUCCAGAUGUUUGAUGUGCAAUUUCUGGGUUCUGUUGAAGUUCCACAUCAUCAGGGCAAUGGUAUCCUGUGUGCCGCCAUGCAGAAGAUUGCAACUGCAAGAAAGCUGACAGUGCAUUUACGGCCGCCUGCUAGCUGUGAACUGGAAAUUUCCUUGCGUGGCAUCAAACUUAUUCUGAGAGGAAAUGACCGACCAGAGGAUGAACGUUGCAGUCAUUUCUUCCAAAUGAAAAAUAUUUCCUUCUGUGGCUGUCAUCCACGCAACAGCUGUUAUUUCGGCUUCAUUACCAAACACCCCGUUUUAAAUCGAUUUGCUUGCCACGUCUUUGUUUCCCAAGACUCAAUGCGGCGUGUAGCCGAGUGUGUGGGACGGGCUUUCCAGGAAUUCUAUCAGGAACACGUGGAAUUCAGUUGUCCCACAGAAGAUAUUUACUUGGAGUAACCUGGGGGUUGUAGAUAGUACAGUGGGAAUCGGGAAGGGGGAUCUGGGCAUAUAAACAUAUAUACAAAUUUAAUGUCACCGUCACUCAGCCAGGACACAAAAAGCAGUGUGCCUGCAUGAACCCUGACAUCCCCCACCAGAAAUCUUUAGUAUGAAUAAUAUCAUUUCUAUUAAACAAAUUAUACAUUACCCCUCUCAUACAAGCUGACAGCAGUUACUAUUCUAUAAGCCUUCUCUGUCUGCUCACUUUAACCCCUUUCCUUCAAGAGUCUUUAGAGCACCUUGAAUUAUCCCUGCUCUGGUUUGUAGAACAUCUCAGAGUAACCCCCUCCUUGCUUCAGAGUGAAGAGCAUGUUGGGUUAACUUAUCCUGCUUUAUACUGCAGAAUGUUUCACAUUAACACCUUAUAUGGUAGACUGCAGUGUCUCAUGUUAACCCCUUCCAUGCACAAUGCCUGCUAAUUUUUCCAGUUAACCAUGUUACCUGCUGCACACUUUCUCUUAAAGAUCAGCUGAUUUUCUGACGAUACUAUCUGCCUAGCAUUUCCCUGUAAACUAUCUCUUCUUUGCCACUCAAAGAAGUCUCUGUGGUUAUGAGCAGGCGUGUCCCUUUUAUUAUAUAUGAUCUGACAAGCCUGCAGCUCACGUGUGGAAUACUCUUCUUGCAUUUAAGUGAUGUACAGUUCUUUGCUACAGUUUGUCUACUACUGUAGUGGUCCCUUUCCUCCCGCUGACCUGUAGUUCAUUGUUGAGUUUUGUUUUCUCAUAUCAGUGGCCUGGAUACCACCAUUGUCCAUCUUAUAUAGUACCACGUGGUAACUUUUUAAUGUGGCAGGUUCAGACUGCUUACUCCAGCAACAAGAAAUGGGAGCUUCAAAAUAUCGGAUCUUUAAUAAAAAUCCUAGUUUUGUUGCUAAGAAUUGUCUAAAUCAGUACUUUCUAUGUUGCUGGUAGAUACAAUAAAGGUUUUAAAAGAAAUGUUUUCUGUUACAGUAUACACUGAAAUAAUACAGUUGUGUAUGAUAUUUUGUGUAAAUGCUGGGAGGGACGAUAUUCUAGUAUCAGCAAGCAUCCUAAAAAUACCUUUCACGAUCUGCAGCUCAUUUCACCAUCACCCCUCCUUGUACAGCGAUGAACAGCUCAUUACUUAAAAAAUAGUACUGAAAUCUGCAGAUCAUUCUCAGUUGUGUAUAUUAUGCUUUUCAUACCAGACCUGCAGUAAAAGGAAUCAAUGGCAUGAAGACACAAAAUGUAUAGCAUGAAGUCACUGUAGACAUUGGGUGCAGAGAUGGAACCCACAUUUUACAACAAGAAGUCUCCUUGGAAAGGAUGAGAAACGAGUAGUUAAGUUAUAUAAAUGUCAUAUAAAAAUUGGCUAUAAGGAUCGUGUGUUGUUAUACAAGUGCUUUAACAGUAUGUGAGGCAUUCCUAUGCAUCUUGUGUGGCAUAGGGAACAUUUCAUCAUAAAAGCUAAGGUUCUGUACCAUAGUGGGCUAAGACAAUCCCAGUGUCUAAAUGCAGUGCAGGUUUGUCUCAUCCCUUUACAAGAACUUAGUAAAUAGUAAACUAUCUAGCAGUGGUCUUGUCAAGAAAUGAAACAUGUGCUGUAAGUAGUUCUCUAGUUGCUGGACUGAAUUCUUCAAAACCUGCGCUGUUUUAUGAUUUAAGAACUUCAGCGUACAAAAAGGACACUUGGAGGGAUAAUGCCAUUUAUCUUUUUCAUGUCAUAGCUAAUAUUUUUCCUUUCAGCAUUAAAUAAAAAAUGGAGUUGCGUCAA